GUCACUGCUUUCUUCCUGCUAAUCACUAGGCUAUAUUCUUCGAAAAGAUCGAUGCGAAUCACUUAAAAUAGCAUGUAAAUUAUGUAUGCAUGAUGCAAUUCAUCAAGCUUAAAAUACUCUAGCGGUGGCAACAAUAUUAUACGUUAAAUGAAAGUUAAUUUCAAUCCACUAUUAUAUCAUAAUUUGUUUUAUUUUGCUUGAAAAAAAAAUAUAUACUAAUGUAUAUGCGUACGACUUCAUAUAUAAUAUAAAAGACAUUUGAGUGUAAGGAAUCGCAUAUUUUAACAUUCUCCCGCUAUAAGAAUAUGUGUUUUACAUGACAAUCUGCUCAAAUCAGGGGCAUGAACACUUACUCAAAAGUAUAGAAAAAUCACCCGUAAUGAAAAUCGCAAGGGUCACUGGAAUACCAAGAGUUACUAAACUCAUAAAUAUCAAUGUUUGGAUUAUACGAACCCAUAAAUAGCGGUUGCUGCAUAACUUGGGCCAGCUGAAGUCAAUUUGAACAUCAAGGAUGCAGUUAGAAAUUUUGAUAAAAAUAUAUAAUGCACUUCUUCACCUAUAAAUUACACUGACAAUAAACAUGUGACAGCCCGCAUUGUAGCCGAACUAAUAAAACCAAUUUGGCGUGAUAAGACCAAUAGGUGUUUAAAAGACUUAUAAUAUAAAAAAGAGCGCCCAUUUUCUAGCAAAAAAGUUCUCUUUGCAUAUUUGAAGAUAGUCUGUUUGUCCCGGUCAUGAUUUAAGUUCUGUUUGAGCUUAAUCUGAGAUUAAAUAUAUUAAGACACAUUCAAUUGAUUAACUAAUAAAUCUUCAUAUAUCUUUUACUCGUCCGUGAUAUACUCAUUCAUAUACUAAUCGUUUAUUUAUUCAUUUUAUUAGCCGUUGUAUUAUUUAAACAUAAGGCAUUAGUGAUUUAUUAUAAAUCAAUUGCCUAAAUUAUGAAUAGAGUUGCGGGAUGAUUGCUCUAAGUUACACAGAUCUUCCUGCUAGCUUUAAAAAUCGUCUUUGCUGAAAUCAAAUUUGUGCUGGGAGAUUUUUCCAAAUUUUUAGGGGCUUAUUUAAGUAGUUUUACAUUGAAUGAGUUUUACCAUUCUUGAGUUCUGAGAUUUUUGCUUUAUAUUGAGUAGACUCUCCUAAAAUAUAUUUUGCAAAAAUGAUCGUUUUGAAGAAAUACUCAAUUUCUUUUUAAAUUUAGAAUAUCAUAGUCAAUUAAAGUUCUCAGUGAUGAUUUCCUGUUAUAUUUCAAAUGUAGAAUAACUGUUUUACAUUCGUGAAAGUAUUUUUUAUUGUAGUGAGAAUAAACUAGAAAUCUAAUUCUCAAAGAACCUUGUUUGCAAAUGUGAUCUGUAUUCUUUUGGAAGCAAACCUGUUCGUUAACAUUCUCUUUAUUUAUUUAAUUUUUAUUUUAUUAAAUAUUAUCAUUCAAAAAGAAUCAAAUUACCAUUCAAGAAUUGAACUGUGGAUUGAUCAGAACAAGACUUUUUCCCAGUAUUGUUGCAUUGUUAUGACAACUGAGAAAGCUGAACUAUUUCCAAUUGUUUAUGUAUAAAUUGAAUUAUCAAUAGGUCUAUAAUAAAUAUAUGUUGACCUAAAAGUCAAAAAUGAAUUGUAAAAUCUGCGACAAUAUGAAUUGCGAUGUAUAUGAAAAGCUAUGUGUUUUGAAACAGACACAAUUAGCACAAACUCAUUUUGGUCAUUGAUUUAAAGUCGAUUUCAGACGUGAACAUCUUCUUACAUUUAAUUAAUGUAUGAUAAAAUACAUCAAGCUAUGAGCAAAAUAAAAAUGAUUUCAAUUGAUGAUAGUUCAUAACAAUAUAUGAGAUUGGAUUUCGUUCGCAACAAAAUCUGUUUAAUUGACCACAUGAAAGAUGUGACUGAAUAAAUUUGUCGUAACAUAUGAAGUUUAUUUUUGAGGGUAACUAUGAGAUUGAGGACAAAUGAAUAUUUAAGGAUGAAUUAUUUCUUGACAGAAAUUUUCUAAAUCGUUCCUAUUAUUUUAAUAAGGGCUUUUUUCAUAUAUGCUUUAAAUAAAUCGUGAAAUCCGGUAAAAACCUUUGAUGUUGGUGACUGUACUUUUGCAAAAAGAUCGUCUAGUAUAUGCACAAGAUAUGGUAUAACGUCACACUUUAUAGUGAUAUUCAAAUGUUAGCCAGUUAUUAAUAAGAACGUUUCAAGCUUGGCAAGGUAUUGAUUACUCUUCGACUACAAUAAAUUCGCCGCCAUUAUUUCCGACGGCAAUAACGACACUACGACUUCAACAAGGUUCAAUUGAACAAUUAUAAGAAUGAAUGCGGUGAACCAAUUUAUUUUCAAAUGUUGAGUAUACACAAAACCAUUCAACGAAGCUGCUGUGAUUGUAAGCGCCAGUAUACUUCUACCACUUAUGGUCAUCGGUGUAAUUGGAAAUCUUUUAACAAUAAUCGUGAUUUCAACUUCCCGAUGUCUCUCGUCGGUUUUCAACCAAUUCAUUCUGAGUUUGUGCGUCUCGGAUUUACUAUCAGCAUUGAUUAGCCCGUUAUUUUUAUAUCGAAGAACGUGGGGAUAUGAUGACUGGCAAAUUCCAUCAUUCUUUUGCAAGUUGUACUGGGCGACGGAUAUGUGGACAUCAUACGUUACAGCGCUACAUAUUCUUCUGUUUGCGAUUAUUCGUCUUAUUUCUAUACGAUGGCCACAUAUUUAUACCAAGAUAAAAAUACGGCACGCAAGGAUGCUAAUACCAUGCUUAUGGUUACUGGCGUUCCUGACUGGUUUUAUACCAUUUGCAUGGUGGUAUGAUUCAGGGAAGAGGAGAAGAAACACCGACGACAUGGAUGCCAGAUGGCCAGCUUGUACAUUGGAACCAGAAUGGGCCGAACAAUAUUCUUCAUAUCAAAGUGUGGCCUUUCCUCUGUUUUUCUAUGUUCCUACUGUUUCAAUCAUUUCACUUACCAUAGCUAUAGGAAUUAUGUUGACGAGACGGCGAAACGAAAGAAAUGAAAAACUCCAAAAACAAAUUCCUGCUGGGGCCGAGAGCAAAAUUAAAAAGAGUGGACGUAAAGAACGACAAGCAAUAAUUCAACUGUCUAUGAUAGCAGGGUCGUUCAUGCUGGGAUAUAUUCCAUUCACGGCAUACGAAAUCAGCGGUAUGCACAUUUCGUCCAAAACAGCUGCUGAUGAACGAUUUUGGUGGAAAUUCGGGAUGUCAGUAUACAUAUGUUUAAGAUUUUCUGAAACUCUGAAUCCUGUUUUUUACAAUUUGGCAACUCCGAAAAUUAGAAAUGAAACGUGUCGAGUCGUCAGAUCAGCUUUGAACGUGUUAUGCAAAUGUUGUCGUAAAAUCAAUGUAAGAAAACCAUCCAUUGGUUCUACAAGUUCUAGUGGAAAUGAUGCAUUGCCUCCUCUGAGAGAGCUGGUCUAUACAAAUGCUUCACAUACCAACCAUGGAAUGAUCAUAAAUGACGAAUCUUAAAGAAACUUGUUUGUACAAAACCAAGAUAAAUCUAAUAUAAUUGAGCCUUGAAACAAUGUACAAUAGUAGAAAAUCCAUAUAUGUCAUUAAAAACAAUUUGUAUAUCUUUGUUAUCCAUGGCACAUGUCAUCUCUUUACAAUAUGUGUGUGUCAAUGGAGAGCUUUCAAACCUAGUGGCGUGCGGCUGUAAAAAAGGUUUGAAACGCACAAACAACAAUAUAGAUAUUUAGGUCGACUGGUCUAAAUAUAAUUAUAACAAUUUAUCUUUUUCUUCUCGCUCUUGCAUUUUCAAACAUUUCUAUAUCAUUCUUCAGAAGUAGCACUUAUUUUAAUACAAUUAGAAGCUGAAGCAGAUGCGUGUAUUAUGCGCUGGUGAACACUGUGCGAUUUUUAGAAGAGGCAUAUUAAUUAUUUAUGUAGAUAUAUAAUAGUUUUGAAGUUCAUUAGCUAACCUUUAUUGGGUAUAAUUUUUUGAUUGAUUGAUACUUCUAUAUUAUUUUGUUGCGUA